ACGCGAUCGGCCAGAGGAAACCGUGACACCGACUGGGGAGAGUAAAAGGGUUAAACCUAACAAACUCCGGCUGGAGUCAGGGACCUCGGCCAGUUACGCGGAAGCGGCAGCAUCCUACAAAGCCCACGAGCUUUGUGUUGCCGUGAUGACUGAGCCCUUUAUAGACAUGACACAAGAACAGGCAGAUAACAUCCGCCUACAAAUCGAGGGUAAAAUCCAAGAUGAGCUCAUGGCGGAUCUUGAAGCUACCCUAGCAACUGAACCCAACGACAUCAGAUUCCGGGGAAGAGCCCACUUCUCAGAUGGUGUCCUCAAAACUUGGUGCGAGGAUACCUACACGCUGGGAUGGCUUACCGGAGCAUGCGAUGUCAUCAACAAUCCGAUACCGGACACCAAACUGGUGGUACGGCCUCAGUCAGACAUUCCGAAGAAGGUGCCGUGCUUACUGCAUGUUCCAGAGUUCACUGGUAGCACGGAAACUUUACGGAAACUGAUCACCAGGCAAAACCGCCACCUAAACAUCAGAUCUUGGACCCUGACUCACGAACGUAGAACACAGGACCCGACAGGCGUAUCCUUGUUCCUUCGUGUUCCGGAAUAUGAGAUCUCAAAGAUCAAGGCACACGAACGCCGCAUCUACUAUCUGAUGGGAAACAUCUAUAUCCGAAUUCUGGAAAAGGAUGAACCCUCAGUGGUAGCUGCCGCCACAGUAACUACUGCCAGUACAUCGGGGACGGGAUCCUCGGGGCCAAAGCCGCCCUCGUCAACGACGGAGAUAGCCGCGGUUGCCGAGGAGACAGGGGGGAGUGAAUUCAGCGACAGCUGUUUGCGCUCCUCCCCCUAACCGGACUGACCUUAUCCAGACCAACCUCCAGCACAGCCAAACAGCGUCGGCUUCACUACGCAGACUGCUGGAGACCAACCCGAAGACCAUUGCCGCGAUCCAGGAGCCGUGGAUCAGGAAUGGCAAGGUAUGCGGCCUGGGUAACACCGGUGGUAAACUUUUGCUGGAUACCUCAGUAAGUAACCCAAGAACCUGCAUUAUCAUACCUAAACAUGUACCAGCAUACCUAAUUAACGAACUGUGUUCAAGGGACCUUACAACCAUUAGGUUACCUAGGGACGCACAUCCAGACAUCGUCCUGGCGUCCGCCUACUUACCGGGU